UGGCUCAUUGGACUGGUGCGCUAACGGGGAAAAAUAGAAGCAAUGUGCUGAGCAGGAAAUUGUGACAUUACUUUCUGUAAUAUUAAACCUUUAAACUCAGUUAGAGUAAAAAACAUUUUCGCGGCUCUUGACCGUAAGUUGGUUUAUAUCCUCGCGACCAGCAGUUGGUCACAGCAACGUCACGUCCUUGGCUGAUGAUCCAGGGAGGGACAGAGGAGUGACCGCUGCGAUAAGGCUGCCCUGCCCCUAAAAGCAGCCAUAUCUCCGGACUAUCGGCAUGCCAGAGUCUGCCUGCUGCUCUCAUUUUCUUCGUUAAUUCUCCAAACAUAAGAAAACAUCCCUGCUGAGACAUGAGCUGGCUGCCUAUGAUUGGGAUGACGGCCUUGCCGCACGUCGGAGGGCUCUACGGUGGCUUUAUUACACGUAAAGAGGUGAAAACCUGGUAUAAGACUCUGAACAAACCCUCAUGGCGUCCACCAAACAAAGCGUUUCCUGUGGUGUGGACGUGCCUGUACACAGGAAUGGGGUAUGGCUCCUACCUGAUCUGGAAAGAGCUCGGCGGAUUCACUGAGGAUGCACUGGUUCCACUGGGACUUUAUGGGCUGCAGCUCGCUCUGAACUGGGCCUGGACUCCAAUUUUCUUUGGAGCACACAAGCUGAAAUGGGCUAUGGUGGAGAUCGUCUUUCUGACGGGGACGGUCGGAGCCACCAUGGUGUCUUGGUAUCCCAUCAGCCGCACCGCCUCCCUGCUCCUGGCACCCUAUCUGUCCUGGCUGUGCCUCGCCACAGCCCUCAACUACCGCAUAUGGAAAGAUAACCCAGAGGAGAAGGAAGAAUAGGAAGAAAAAACACUGCAGUCUGUUUAUUCCGUCACUAAAUCUAAUUAAUCACUUUCAAAUUUCUUUGCCGAGAUAACGGAUCCGUUUCACAGAUAAUCAUUCUAAGUUUAUGAUACAGCUUUUUUUACAGUGGCUGAUUGGAUAAUUGUUGUAAGGACCUCUCUGUAUGUUAAAGGUUGGUAAAGUAAAAGUUAUGAAGAAGAUUUUUCUGGUAAUCCUGCUUUGCAUUAUGCUUUGGGAAGUUAUUUAUCUUUGAAGGCAGCCCCUAAAAAUAUGCAUGGUUCCUGUCAAACUAAUAAACCCAGCAAAGACUGUUAUAAUGAAACAUGUCUCUGUUCCAUUGUAUAGACAGACCUUAAAUAUCCUUACAUUCUGUGUGUACAAUGUGUUUAAAGGAACUAUAUAAUGCAAAAUAAAGUGCACAAAGCCAGCUUUUACCAGCUACUCUGUUCAGGGCAGUAACCUCUCUUUCUAAGAUCUUUUUGAAGUCGUAAACCCCUUUUUGGCCUCAGGUGGUCCCAGACUUUGUUGGGUGUAAUAGGCAACUCUGCUUUAAAGCUGUGUUUUUCUUUUGGGAUGAAAGAUGAUGAAAAUUUCAUCAUUUAAUACCUACAUGGUUCUAAAAGCAAUCGUAUUUUCAUGAAUCAGUCACUUUGAAAGACUUGAUAUAGGAACUGGAAUGUUGAAUACGGAGCAAUCAGUCUCUCUUGAGGUGUAUCUCUGUGUUUCCUUUGCUAAAUGCUAGUGCCAUGUGUUGCUUUUCUUAACAUAAAUGGGUGUGACUUUAUUGAAUGUUUGUUUCUCUAUUUGUACAUAAAAAAAUUAAACAAAAAUAUUGGAAUGAAGCCUUCAGCAAAA